CUUGCGCGCAUAGCAAGCGUAGAUCAGGAACACACGCGACUCCAAGCAUGGCUUCAGAACAGGCGACCAAGCCCUCGGUGCUGAUAAUAGGAGGGUUGGGUAAGGCUUGCUCUGAGCACCACCCAGGCUACACCGGACGACACCUCACCAAGUACAUCCACGACAACAACCUAGCAUCGCAGAUACGCAUCGUCGACAAGCACCUCCCAGAACUAGCAUGGCUCGCACCCGAAUUCAAGGAAGCGUGCUCGAGAGAGCGAUUUAUACAGGCGGAUGCGGCGCAGGAAAAAUCCCUACCACGAAUAUUCGACCGUGAAGGCGGCGCUGAGUUCGACUACGUCUUCAACUGCGGCGGCGAGACACGCUUUGCCCAAGACGAAAAGGUCUACGAACUCCGCUCCUACGGCCUAUCCAUGGCCAUCGGCCGCGAAGCCGCCAAACGCAAAGUCAAGUGCUUCGUCGAAAUCAGCACUGGCAUGGUCUACAAGUCCGACAGCACACCGAGCAAAGAGUCAGACAAGCCGAAACCGUGGUCAAAUCUGGCAAAGUGGAAGCUUAAGGCUGAGGAAGACCUCGCCAAGAUCGACGGACUGAACUUGAUGGUUAUGAGGAUGGCACACGUCUAUGGCCCGUAUACAAGCAAAUUCCUGAGCACAGCGCUUUGCAUGGCGCGGGUAUACCAGAGCAAGGGAAAAGAGAUGCGUUUCCUGUGGAAGGAAGACUUGAGAACAAAUCUGGUGCAUGUCGAGGACUCCACUAGGGCACUAUGGCAUGGUGUAGAGUGGUAUACCAAGAGUUCCCCAGGACGCAGGCCAGCACCCACUUUCAACAUCGUGGAUCAUGCAAAUCAUUCACAAAAGCAAACAGCCCAGCUCAUGGGCGAGAUCUUCAACAUUGAAACUGGCUUCCACGGCACACUCAUCUCAGCUUUUGCACGGCUGAACCUCGACCACGUCGUGGACGAAGUAAACGACGAGACACUAGACCCAUGGGCGGAACUACAGCAGCAAGCCGGCAUCAGCUCAUCGACACCCCUGACACCAUACAUGGAGAAGGAACUUCUGAAAGACGCAGAUUUAAGUAUGGAUGGAAGUUUGUUUGAGAGGGAGACGGGAUUCAAAUACAACGUAGAAAAGAUCACAAGAGAAAAGGUCGAAGAGGUCAUUGAGAGCUAUAAGAGGAUGAACUGGUGGCCAUAGCCGUCUUCCGCUGCACUCAACCACUUCUUUUCAUCGAUACCCUCUCUCUUGUCACGACCUUUCUCACGACGACCACCCUUUUUCUCGUAUAUCCAACCCCGCCAAAAAACCACUUUUACAUCUUUCGAAACGACAAUCAUUUGUUCCGUUCAGCAUAGUAGCGCAAGUAUGCAUUAUCUGGAGCUUUCCAAAAGGGUCAUGUUCGAUACGAUUCGACAUCUUCACACAGGUCUUCUUAUGUCUUGCAGACAUCAGUAUACGGCGGUCGCAUUUCUCUUGCGUGUCACAGUUUUUCUCUUGUAUGUUUUGGGGAAUGUAUCUGGUAUGUGCACGUUACUGUAUGGUAUUGGUCUUGUUCUUGUUGCUGUUGGAGCAUGCGAGUCAUGGUGUUACAUACCCCUCAAUCUAGCAUUUGUUCGC